GUAAUAAUGUGUUAUAAGCAUGGCAUGUGCCAGAAUAUCUGUUUUGAUCUGUUUACAGUAAACACAGGACUCUUAGGUCUGUGAUUAUAAAUGGCAGGAGAGUAGACAGAGCAGGGCAGUCCCAACCUGAGGAACGAGGCGGAGAGAGAGAGAAAGAGUGAGCACGACUGAGAGAGAAAGGUUAUACUGCAGUGAGUGAGAGGUGAGAGAGUGAUGACAGACAGAUCGUCUGUUUCCUUCUGAGAUUUACUGACAAUUUAUUAAAAACGAGGCAACAACAGAGGCAGAGAAACGUAGAGCGUGACCGAGGACGAGUGAAGAAGAAAGUCCGGCAGAGCCCAAGAUACUGCCCAGCAGCGCCCAUCACCCACCUCCCACUCGAACUACUGAACAUCUUCUUCUGCGGACUGAAAUCCCUGUAUGCUGGAAAUGAAGGGCUUCCUGAGGCAGAUGCUCCAAAACUACCUGAACAAGCGCAGACUUUCCAAAAAACGCCUAGUGACCAAAGAUGGACACUGCAACAUCGAAUACGGCAAUGUAAGGAACAUUUUUGCCUACAUUCGAGACUUCUGGACUACAUUUGUGGAGAUCCGCUGGCGUUUUGUUUGUUUUUUCUUUGUGGCCUCCUUCACUCUCAGCUGGUUCAUUUUUGGACUCAUCUGGUACUGGAUCUGCCGUAACAAUGGAGACCUGGCAUGGCAGAACCCACCAAAAGGCCACAUACCAUGUGUACUGAACCUGAAAGGAAUGACUACUGCCUUCCUGUUUUCCCUGGAAACCCAGAUGACUGUAGGCUACGGUGGACGCGACAUCACCCCGCAUUGCCCUGGUGCCAUCGCUCUCCUCAUCAUCCAGACUCUCGUUGGCUCCAUCAUUAACUGCUUCUGGUGCGGAGUGGUUAUGACCAAAAUUACUCUACCCAAAAAAAGAGUCAAGACCAUCCGAUUCAGUGACAGGGCCGUCAUCUGCCAAAACAAUGGUGCGCUCUGCCUGCAGAUACGAGUAGCCAACCUGCGCAAGUCUUUGAUGAUCGGAAGCCAGAUCUACGGAAAACUGCUCCGGACAAAGAUCAAUCCUGAGGGCGAGACCAUAAUACUGGACCAGGUCAACGUUGAUUUCAUGGUGGAAGCUGGACAGGACAGCUUGUUCUUCGUGUGCCCGCUGACCCUGUGUCACAUGAUCAACAAAGCAAGUCCAUUUUUUGAGAUGGCGGUCGACACUCUGUACCAGCAAGAGUUUGAGCUGGUAGUGUUUUUGGAUGGCACAGACGAGUCCACCAGCUCUUCUUGCCAGGUCAGAACUUCUUACAUCCCUCAGGAGAUCAUUUGGGGCUACAGGUUCCUCCCAGUCAUCUCCCGCAGCAAGGAGGGAAAGUAUCACGUCGACUUCUCCAACUUUGCGAAGGUGGAGCUUGUGCCGACUGCUAGCUGUGUCAAAUGCUUUGAAAAUGAGAAGUGCCCUGAGCACCCCUCAGGAAAAGGCGUCGAAAAUGUGGGUUUUGAGGUCAUCAACAUCAGUGACCCUGCCAGUGUUAAUCAGGUGUAGACAGUGACAUUGUAUCGCUGGAAAUUGCAUCUGGUACACUUUUGUCUUAGACACUUUUGUUUUAAAGUCUACGCUGCAUGUCCACUACUUCAAAGUAGAUUGUGUCAAACUGAACAACCCUUCAUAUAGCCAGGAAAUACAACUGGCAUGUUGAGGAAGCAAUUGAUGUUUUCUUUAUAGGCCAUAGUUACCUAAUUCUGUGCACAAGUACAACAUGAAGGUAAAAACAUUAACACUGGACGAAAUUAAAUAGUCCAUGUUGAAAAAGAUUGUCAUGCUGCAGUGUCAGCAUAUGAAGUUAAUGAAUGACAUCACCUAGAAGCCUCAUUAGACUGUUCUAAAAUGUGUGAUCUGUGUGCUACUAAGAAAGAGUCUUUACAGGACUACCGAAGACUCGUCCUACCUCAACUGCAGUCUAGGCUUUGGAAUGCAGCUAAAGGGUCUGUGUUUCCUUAUAGAUUUAGAACUCUAAAGUUAAAAAAUGUAAUGGUCUUCAUAAAGAAGGAGGGCACUUUACUUAUCUUUCGCAAACAAAGUGUUCACUAUGGAGGUUUUUGAACAAUCUAAAACAUCUAGGUGUUCUAGAGGAACCACUACGAUAAAGAACAGGUCAUAAAAUGGAUUACUUUAUGGAAACUUUAUUUUCAGUAGUGGUUUAUUUUUUUGGUGCAAUUCAUGGUGAUGGGAACACUCAAGCAUCAUGUGGACAUUUUCUUGCAUGCUGAAAUAAACAAACUAUAAUUCCCUUUAAAAUCUAUGAUAAAUCCAUGUAUAUGCUUUGUGUGUCCUGAGAACCUGUACAAUACCUGGGUAAUGAUUUGUUUUUAUACACUUGGCUUCGGAUCUACAAUCAAGAUUUUUAUGUUGUUUUACAUUUUUAAAACAAUGUCAAAUAGAGAUGUUUGAUUUAUUGCUGAACAUUUAUAUUUAUGAUAUACAAAUAAAAGGAAAAUAAAUACUA